CUUUUGCAGUUAUUUUUUGGGGAAUAAGAAAACAUUCAUUUCUAAUUCAAUUAAAUAAUAUUUUGAUAUAUCUUUAGUUGAUUAAUGGUGAAGUGGCUGGCUAGAUUGUGUUAUAUAUAUAAGAGUAGCCCCUCGAUGGACCAACCAAUAUUUGUAUCCUGUGGCCAAUUUGGUUUCUAGCUUUCACCUACUGUUUGUGAGGUAGAGAGAGAGCUUGCUGGCCAUGGCCGAUUCUAAUGAACACGUCACCUACAGCAAUGAGGUCCUUGAACCCUUAUUGCAACGCAAACAAUCAGCACCAGAGCCAGUGAGUGCCGCUCUUGAAAACGCUCUAUCCGACACCAGCUUGUCAUACUUCAACCGGCUCAGAAAGGCCACUUUCAUCGAACUCAACACCCUCUUUCGCCUGGCAGGCCCUGCCAUCGUUGUGUAUUUGCUCAACAACAUCGUCUCCAUGUCCACUCAGAUCUUCUGUGGCCAUCUCGGCAAUCUCGAACUCGCUGCUGCCUCUCUUGGCAACACAGGAAUCCAAGUUUUCGCUUAUGGGCUCAUGUUAGGAAUGGGAAGUGCGGUGGAGACUUUAUGUGGCCAAGCUUAUGGGGCACACAAAUAUCAUAUGCUGGGAGUUUAUCUUCAAAGAUCAACAAUUCUUUUAACUGCAACCGGAAUCCCACUUAUGUUUAUUUACAUAUUUUCUAAACAAAUUUUACUCUUACUAGGUGAAUCCAGUUCCAUUGCAUCUUCUGCAGCAAUCUUUGUUUAUGGUCUCAUUCCUCAAAUAUUUGCCUACGCUGCAAACUUUCCCAUACAAAAAUUCCUGCAAGCCCAAAGCAUAGUCUUCCCCAGUGCAUACAUUUCAGCUGCCGCGCUCGUGGUGCACCUUUUGCUAAGUUGGCUGGCGAUUUACAAGUUCGGUUGGGGGCUGCUCGGCGCAUCGUUGGUGUUGAGUUUGUCGUGGUGGAUAGUAGUGGUGGCGCAGUUUGUGUAUAUUUUAACAAGUGAGAGGUGUAAGCAUACUUGGACUGGGUUCACUUUACAGGCGUUUUCUGGGUUAUGGGAAUUCCUGAAAUUGUCGACGGCUUCAGCCGUAAUGCUGUGCCUUGAAACUUGGUACUACCAGAUAAUUGUUUUGAUUGCUGGAUUGCUCCCAGAUGCAGAAAUCGCUUUGGACUCUCUCUCCAUCUGCAUGACGAUUUCUGGAUGGGUUUAUAUGAUUGCAGUAGGUUUCAAUGCGGCAGCAAGUGUGAGAGUAAGCAAUGAGCUUGGGGCCGAGCAUCCGAAAUCAUCGGCAUUUGCAGUGGUGAUAGUAACUUCAAGCUCAUUUUUAAUCGCUUUGUUUUUGGCUGUACUGGUGAUUAUAUUCCGCCAUAGCAUCAGCUAUAUCUUCACCAGCGGCUCCACCGUUUCGAAUGCCGUCGCUGAACUCUCUCCCUACCUUGCUUUCUCCAUCAUUCUCAAUGGUAUUCAGCCUGUAUUAUCAGGAGUUGCCGUCGGAUGUGGAUGGCAAGCAUUUGUCGCUUAUGUUAACGUGGGUUGCUACUAUGUAAUUGGCAUCCCAUUGGGUUGCCUUCUCGGCUUCAAAUUCGAUUUUGGUGCUAAGGGAAUAUGGUCAGGCAUGAUUGGAGGAACUCUCAUUCAAACUGUCAUCUUAAUAUAUGUCACAUUUCGAACCGACUGGAACAAAGAGGUGGAGAAAACAAAAGGUCGUUUGGAGAAGUGGGAAGACCCAAAGGAGCCCGUUUUGACUUAAAUAGACCCAAUUUGAAUCUUAGGCUGAGUAAGACAAUAGAAGUAAAUUUCUCAUCCAACUUGAGUCUGAAAUAUCAGUCGUUUCGACAUGUUUCUCAAUUCUUCUUGCAAUCUUCAAUUUUUGUUAUUUUAGUUUUGGUGUUUGGAGUUGUAGAUUUUCAUGUGAAUCAAGUGUGUAACUUUCAAUCGAUUUUAUUUUCUUUAUUUACUUGGAAA